AUGUCCGGUAAUGCGCCAAAGAACAUCGGAGGCGAAUAUGGUGCCAUUCGCGCCAACGUUGACAUCCAGAAGCUCAAUACAUACCUGAAAACACAUGUGUCAGUUAUCGCUGCUCCCGUAGAGGUGCAGCAGUUCAAGUCUAAUCCAACAUACUUCUUGACCGAUGCAAGCACGAAGCGGUUUGUGUUGCGCAAGAAGCCAGCAGGCCAGUUGUUGUCUUCAACUGCUCACCAAAUCGAACGCGAGUACCGCAUUCUGAGUGCAUUACAUCAAUUCAAUAUUAGUCCUACCACAAAGCCAGAGCAGAAAGUCCCUGUUCCGCAACCUUUUGUCCUGUGCGAGGACAGCAGCGUUAUCGGCACUCCUUUCUAUAUCAUGGAAUACCUUGAAGGACGAAUCUUCACAGACACCAGGAUGCUGGAACUUCCACCUCAGGAUCGAAGAGAAUGCUGGCUCUCAGCUAUCCGCUCGCUGGCAGCAUUGGCCUCUCUCGACCCAUUUCAAAUAGGUCUCGAGAACUUUGGUCCCACGACGGAUUACUUCCCCCGUCAAAUUAAAUCUCUUACACGUAUAUCGACAGUCGAGACUGGAAAAGUGACGGGGAAUGUUCCAUCCUUUGAAGACAUGGUCGACUGGUAUCAGAAUCACCUUCCGGACGAAAGGAAGACUGGACUGCGGGUUGUCCACGGGGACUACAAGCUUGACAACAUGAUAUUCCACCCGACGGAGAAUCGGGUAAUUGGCAUACUGGACUGGGAGUUAUGUACUCUAGGUAGUCCACUCGCUGACCUUGCGAACCUCACCCAACCAUGGGCGAUUGACGCUCGCCAUAUACCCAAGGAUUCCACGAUCAGUGAAUUUACGGUCAUCAAGCCAUUCAAGAAUGCAACGAAAGAUGUUCCUAUACCCUUGGAAGACCUUGAGCACGAGUACUGCAGGCUGACGAACCAGCCAUAUCCCAUCAAAGAGAUGGUCUUUGCCCGUAGUUGGAUGCUCUUCCGGCUUGCUAUAAUUUCGCAAGGCAUUGCUGCCAGAUAUGCGCGCCGGCAGGCGAGCUCUGAGAACGCUUUUAUACACCCACAGUUCUUCCCUUUUGUUGGUCAGCUGGCGAAGUCAGUCUUAGAAGAUGAUGGAUUCAUUAUUGGCGCGAAGCCGAAACUGUAG